GUUUCUCAGGCUGCAGCAGACUUGAAGCAGUUCUGCUUGCAGAAUGCACAACAUGAUCCCCUACUGACAGGAGUAUCAUCAAGUACAAAUCCUUUCAGACCCCAGAAAGUUUGUUCAUUUUUGUAA